AAAAUCCAUUAAGACGGAUAUUAUAAAGACAAGCUUUUAUUUUGACUUAUAUGACACUGUAUAGUAUGGGGAGAGAACACAGAAGAAAUUGUGAGAGCUGCCUGCCAUGUAAAGGCAUUAGAUACAACUGAAAGGGGGGGGGAUGCUGAAUGAAAAUCCGUUAUCUAUACUACUUUUCUUCCCUUAAAAAUAGGAUUUAUGAUUUCUGACAUAUGUGCUUUAAGACUGUAAUAUGAACCUUGAAAUAAUGAGAAUUGGUUAGCUCUACUGUGUUCGGGCAAAUUUGAUUUUGACAUUGCUAACACUACCUUUUAAAAAAAUACAAAAUUUGCUACAUGACGCACACCAAAACUGUUAAUUUCCACUGGUUUAUGUUGAUCAGAUUACUCACUGCUAAAGGUGGUAGUUUUAGCAAAGCCUAAAGAUUAAACGUCCACAACAGAGGACGUCCUUAAUGUGAGCAAUGCCCGAGUUCUUACGAAGCGAGUAAACCCGAACGUGCUAUAAGACCCUGAAGGCGGUUAUUGGUUCCCAGGUUGGUGCGGCUGAAAAUAAAUAAAUAAAAAUAAGUUAACUGAACUAACCAAUUGCGCCAGAUAACUCGGUUCUGCCCCCUUCCCCAAUAAUUCCCGGCUACGGCCAUGCUCCCAGGUCCUUAUUUGCACAAAAGUUCGAAACACAUCUCAAUCGGGAAAACCUGUAGUCCUUUCUUUAAAAAGUUCUCCAUCCCUGAGAAGCCCGAAGCUUCUCUUUCAAAAUGGACCCUAUUCAGUAUUCUUCCGACGCAAAUGUUGCUUCCAGUGUCGUCGUCGUCGUCCCUCCAUCCAUCCUAGUGCUGCACUCCGAGGGAUUUUUCCUUUGGCGAUGGAGUUUUUAUUCGGCUUUGGGACGCACAGGCGGCGCUCCCACUGCGCGUGCAUGGCCCUCUUCUCGUACUCCCCUAAAUUAAAUUUACUCACCGGUUUCCCCUCAAACGUUCCAAGGUAUGGGCGUAGCUAAGGGGGGCAGCUGCCUCCCUAGAUCAAGUAAAACAAUAGAAAUAAACUGACCAAUCACGUCGGUCCUACCCCCCCAACAUUAAUCCUGUCUACGCCCAUCUCUCCUCUCCUGGGUAGCUCUAUUCUGGAGACCGGGGUGGGGGUGGGGUCGCCGCUUUGUGCCUCCACACCAGUGUCUGGUAGAUGAUGUCCACACGCGUUCACCCGUACACACGUGCACCAGAAUAUGCGUGUAGUAGUAGCACAAGCAACUGCAAAACAAGCCUCCCUGCCUUCUCCGCUCCUAGGAGCGGAGCAUAUACAACCUUCACUACUCCUCCAGUACCAAUUGCACCCCCUUCUUUCCAAGCAAAUAGCGCCGGCCAGGAUGCAAGAGAAACCCAGGUGCCACUAAUGCACUAGUAGGUCUGGUUGGGUAACGAGAAUAGUCACCCCUAGCGCGCAUGUGCACGUGGCGCCCCGUAAGGAAUCGUCCCGUUUCCUAGCGACAGAGGAGGGUUGCCCCGCCCCGCCUUGCCUUGCGUCAUUACUCGGCGACUGCCCCGGCGGAGCGGCCCGUGCUGUUCUGCGUAUGUGCGCGCGAGAGCCUCGAAGGAUGGAAGCGUUAGCCUCGGAGCUGUACGGCGUGCAGGCGGUGCGCUUCGGCGAGUUCGUGCUUAAGAGCGGCCUCGUCUCCCCGGUCUAUGUCGACCUGCGCGUCAUCGUGUCGCACCCGGCCCUGCUCAACAAGGUGAGCCCCGCGGGCGGGAACGGGGCGCGCGUGAGGGAGGAAGGCGGGCCCGAGGCAGUUGGAGGAGGGAGGUCGAGAGACCAGCGCCUCGUGUUUCUGUUGCAGCUGGGGGUCAUUAUAAGCACUGCUGCGCAGCUGUAAGAACUGGUCCUGACUGGGGUUUGCCUCUCCUCAUUUUUUUUCUUCCCCCUUUUAGGGGAAAAGGGUUUACAAGGGUGUAAGCGGGGGGGGGGGGGGAGCAGCUUGCUGCUAUCGAAUUUGUGUCAGCUUCUCUGUGAGCUUUUUCAGCAGCACAAAAAUGCUUUAAUGCCUCUUCUAAUUUAGUGCCCUCGAUACUAAUGGACAACAGCUGUCAUCACCUCCGGCCCUAACCAUGUUGACUGGGACUGAGGGGAGUUGGAGGCCAGCCAUGCCUGGAGAUUUGGAAAGCCUGUUUUAAAUAAGCAGACAAACAUGGCAAGAGUGUUAGAAGAGUCAGAUAGGGACCACGAGGGUCAUCUAGUUGCUGGGGAAGAGGGCAGCUGUCAAAGAUGAUACAAUCCUGCCAGCUAGUAGUACUCCUGGAACCAUGUUGGAGUGGGUUUUUCCCCUCAUGCAUAAUUGUCUGUAGUGGAAGGUGAAGUAGAGGGAUAUGGGUGGAAGAAGGGUACAAAGAGAUAAGAACAUUGAUCUGUCUUGUCAGCAUUGUUGCAAAGGAUACCCUUCUCAUACCUUAUCAUUUAUUCAACCAAAUAAUUGUGCUAGCGGAACCCAACACAAGGAUUCCCACUAGUGCAACAGAGAUCACACAAAAUACAUGAUUCUUCCAAGGAAAUAAAUAAGCUAUCACUGCUUGUUGCUCUUCAACCUACAGUGGUGCCUCGCAAGACAAAAUUAAUUCGUUCUGCGAGCUUUUUCGUCUUGCGAUUUUUUUCGUCUUGCGAAGCACGGUUUUAACGGUAUUAACGGUUUUAAGAAAAAGGAAACAAACUCGCAAGACAUUUUCGUCUUGCGAAGCAAGCCCAUAGGGAAAUUCGUCUUGCGAAGCAACUCAAAAAACGAAAAACUCUUUCGUCUUGCGAGGCAUUCGUCUUGUGAGGUACCACUGUAAAUACAAAGAACACAAGCAUAAUUAGGUGAUGAAGUAAGCAUCAUGUGAAGAAACAAAAUCCAUAUGAUCUUUGGUGCUUAUGGUUUCACUUUCUGGUAAUUCUUUGUGGACUCUCCUUAUUUUAUUGACAAUGUAUUAAUGUUUGGUUAUAAUGGUAGAACCUAUUUUAUAUUUAAAACAAUUUCUUUCAGGUAGCAGGUUUCCUUUUUCAAACAGCAAAGGGUGCUGCAAUCAAGUAUGACACUGUGUGCGGGGUCCCAUACACGGCUUUGCCCCUGGCUACAAUCAUCUGCUCAACCAACCAGAUCCCAAUGCUUAUACGGCGAAAAGAAGCUAAAGACUAUGGUAAAAAGAAUCAAAUUUACCUAGAUCAUAAUAUUGGCAUUAUAAGCAAUGAAUAUUCAAGACAGCAAAAAUGUUAAUAAUAAAUAAAGUUUCCAACUUCCUCGGUAGCGUAUAUACAGUUUUUUGUUUUAGCAUACCUAGAAAGGUAAUAAUUUGAUGUACAUAACACGCCUGUGAUUUAGGAGCCUUAGUGCAGAAGUUUUAACCACAAGCUUUUAUUAACUGGUGUAGUGCACGUGUUAUUUUUAAUAGUACAAUGGUACCUCUAGUUACGAACUUAAUUCGUUCCGGAGGUCCGUUCUUAACCUGAAACUGUUCUUAACUAGAGGCGUGCUUUCGCUAAUGGGGCCUUUUGCUGCCGCUGUGCCACUGGCACACGAUUUCUGUUCUCAUCCUGGGACAAAAUUCUCAACUCGAGGUAACUCUUCCAGGAUAUUAGAGUUUGUAACCUGAGGUGUUUGUAACUCGAGGUACCACUGUAGUAGCAAUAAUAUUUUCAGUUGAGCUGGCAAGGUUGUUGUUUUGUUGUUGUUGUUUUGUAUUGGUAGGUUAAUGAAAAAUGCCCUUUUUUGCUUCAAAAGGUACCAAACGUCUUGUGGAGGGGACAAUAAACUCAGGAGAAACUUGUCUGAUCAUUGAAGAUGUAGUUACCACUGGUUCAAGUGUUCUGGAGACGGCAGAGACCCUUCGGAAAGAGGGGUUGAAGGUUACAGAUGCUAUAGUGCUUUUGGACAGAGAGCAAGGAGGGGAAGCCCUGUUGGAGAAGCAUGGCAUACACCUACACUCAGUAUGCACCUUAUCUAAAAUUCUCAAGAUCCUUGAGCAGCAGGAAAAAGUUUCUCCUGAGAUGGUGGCAAGAGUAGAAAAAUUCAUCCAGGAGAAUAUUAUUAAACCACCUGAGCAAAAUGGUACUCCUCCUGUGAAAAGAAUGUGCAAAGAAAUGAGCUUUGCUGCUCGGGCUGAACUGCCAGACACUCAUCCCCUCGCUGCACAACUUCUCAAGCUGAUGGAGAAAAAGCAGUCUAAUUUGUGUCUUUCUGCUGAUGUGACUGACUCCAAAGAAUUGCUCCAGCUCGCUGCGACUUUGGGCCCUUCCAUCUGUAUCUUGAAGACUCACAUUGAUAUUCUGGAUGAUUUCACCCAAGAAAUAGCCAAGGAGUUGAGAGCACUUGCAGAUAAGCAUGAAUUCUUGAUAUUUGAAGAUCGCAAGUUUGCAGACAUUGGAAAUACUGUGAAGCAUCAGUAUGAAGGUGAAUUUGGCAUAACUACCAACCCCUCUCUCCUCUUUUCAACCUAUAAUGUGUUGCAUAUCUCUAUAGGGCUGCAUAUGUUCCUAGUACUCUUAAUUUGAAAUGUUGAUGUGGCCUUCGCUGACUUGAAACUAGCUCUUUAUUUUCAAGCCUUCAAGGGCCUUGCUUUUGAGCUGACUUUUACAGUGGUACCUCGGGUUAAGUACUUAAUUCGUUCCGUAGGUCCGUACUUAACCUGAAACUGUUCUUAACCUGAAGUACCACUUUAGCUAAUGGGGCCUCCCGCUGCUGCCGCGCCGCCAGAGCAUGAUUUCUGAUCUCAUCCUGAAGCAAAGUUCUUAACCUGAGGUAUUAUUUCUGGGUUAGCAGAGUCUGUAACCUGAAGUGUAUGUAACCCGAGGUACCACUGUAUUCAGAUUGUAUGCUAUAUUGAGAAAAAUAAUACUGAGGAAACCAAGCCUGAACCUAGCCUACAGGGUGCUAACAAAUAUAGAAUAUUGAUAUUCCAUAUUGUGAUAGUAGUGUGUAGUUAUGACCUUGAUAGGUGUGGGAAACAUGACUCUGGACAAUAUUUCUACAGUGGUAAUAAAAGUUGUGGAAAGGGUAUCCCUGGUCAAUCUCUUAAGUAGUUAUCUGAUUGCCAAAAAGACGCUUAACUAAUACCUUGUCUGCUUUCUGUUUCAGGUGGUAUUUUCAAAAUAGCAUCCUGGUCAGAUAUAGUUAAUGCUCAUGCUGUUCCUGGACCUGGAGUUGUUAAGGGAUUGAAAGAAGUAGGGCAUCCUUUACAGAGAGGGUGUCUCUUGAUCGGAGAGAUGAGCUCAGAAGGGUCGCUGGCCACUGGUGACUAUACAAAAGCUGUGGUAAGUUGGAGCUUUCAUCUCAACAAAAUGUCUUAAAUGGUCUAGAUCCUCCCCCACCAUCUGGGAUGGGGUAGCUCUUUUGAAAAGCAGCAUUUCUUGGAUUUUAAAGUGCUACUCUAAGUUUCUCCAGUUGGACAUAGCCAGCAAACAUAUUUGCUGGUGCUUUCUCUGGAAUAGAAUGGAGGCGUAGCAGCAUAAUACUGCAGUGAAAUUCAUGUUUGAGAGAAAAUAGUGGGAGUUUACACUGCUGAAAAAUGAAAAACAAAGUUCUUGGGGGAGUGUGGGUAGGAAUUGAGGAAAAUGGGGUGAGGCAAAGGAAGCAAGGAGGUUGUAUUUGUGAUUGGCAUGCUCAUUUGCUAUUGAGAUAAUGGUAUCCAUUGUGAAUGGAGGUAAGUGGAUUGUAUGAUGUUCUGAUCAGUAUAGUCUCUUGAUUCUUUAUUGUUUUGUCUUGAUUUUGUUAAGGCUGCAAGUCUUUGUGCUUGCAUAAUAGCACCUUGUUUAGUAUUUGUUCCUCCAUUCUAGAGCAAGAAUGUAAAGCAUUUUCUAACUGCUCUUGUUUAUUUGUUUUCCUUUAGGUUAAAAUGGCUGAGGAACACUCAGAUUUUAUUCUGGGAUUUAUUUCUGGCUCCAGAAUUAUUGACAAACCUGAAUUUCUUCAUCUGACUCCUGGUGUUCAGAUGCUGGCUGGAGGUAAGAAAUUCUGUGGCAUUUUGAUGGUACAAAAUGUUUAUGAAAAUACCAGAAUAACUGAGAUAAUUCAGAGGUACGCUCGCAAAUAUUUCUGGUUUGUAUGCUGAUGAGGGUGAGAAUGCAGUCAAAGUCCCCAGUAGUUCCUGUUCAGAUUAUGCCCUUCCCUUGAGAUUGCCUUUAGAUUUGUAUGUCUGGUUCUGCAUUCCCUAGCCUUGGGUGAGAGAUCACAUCCAAAUAGUCUCAGAAUUGCCCAAUUCAUGUACUACAGUGAGGAGAGUGGGGAAGAUGAUGAACAGAUCUACAGAGUUGUAAUGUAGGAGUAAAACAUACUAACUGUUCCACACUAGAAGCAGCCAAAUAAGUGCAGUAUCAUAAAAAACAAUAUACAAGCUCCCUAAGUGUUAAUAAUGCUCUGUCCAGUAUUUUCUUAUUUCAUUCACUGAAAACUGUAACUGGAUAUUAAGGUUACUGGAAAUAAUUUCCUACUUAUCUGUGCUUGUAUGCAAGUUCAGAAUUUGUAACAGCAGACAAAUCACAUCUCUCACAUUUGUUUCCAUGUGUCGGUCACUUGGUUCUGAUAAUAGUAUAGCAGGUUUCCACUUCCACAGUGGAACUCUCCUCUGUAGCCCCCUGAGCUAUACUGCAGGGUGCUGGAGGUCCCUCCAGGGCAGAUCUUAAGGGUCUGUUGGGAGAGGAAUGGGAAGUCCUGCUGUAUGAGUGGAUCUCUGCAUUCAUAGUCUUGGUUGCAAACCAGUCCCUGCUGUUUUGUAUUACAACCUUGCCAUGCUUUAAAUUAUAUGCAAAUAUCAAGGCAUAUUUGCCAUGGAUAUGCCAGUGAGGCUUUAUGUUUCAUAUUUAAUCAGAAUAACCCUUUAAGAAAGCUGUUAUUUUGUGCUAUUUGGUUAUUAUUAUUUGCUCUGAUGUGCAGUACCUCAUGUUGUUGAUUAUCUCAUCUUGGUUAAAUCCUUUUAGGGCAUGCUUUUUUCCUGUGCACACUUAAUAGCAUUUUAAUAAUACAGUGGUACCUCGGUUUACGAACUUAAUCUGUUCCGGAAGUCUGUUCUUAAACCAAAACCAUUCUUAAACCGAGGCGUGCUUUCCCCAAUGAGGCCUCCCGCCGCCGGUGCCCUUCCACCGUUCAGAUUCCGUUCUAAGACGGAGGUAAAGUUCUCAACCCAAGACACUGUUUCCAUUUUUGCAGAGUUUGUAAACCAAAUCGUUCUUAAACCGGACUGUUCUUAAACCGAGGUAUCAGUGUAUAAGGAUAAAUCUGUACCCAGUGUUAGCGUGGGGAACACUUUUUGGAGUUCACCAGCAUUCUUGAAACUCUUUUAUGAAGCAAACUACUGGAGAGCAAGCAUAACACGGCAUAUUUGUGAUUGUGAUCCAUUGCAGGUGAUAAGCUUGGGCAGAAGUACCUCAGUCCUCAGGAGGUGAUUGGUAAAAGAGGUUCGGAUAUCAUCAUUGUAGGCCGUGGUAUCUUAUCUGCGCCCAGUCGCCCAGAUGAAGCAGAGACUUAUAGGAAAGUAGCAUGGGAAAGUUACUUGCAGAGAAUUGGUGUCAGUGCACAAAAAUAGCACAACUGCUGUGUUUCAUUAAGCAAGCCGAAUUCUAAAAGCAGGAAAGAUUGAGAAGGUAAUUCUUUGUUGUUAUUUUGCCUAAUGAAUGUUGUUGUAUGUUAAAAUUUUGCUAUAAAUUUAUUUGAGAAUCAGUACAGAAAUUGUAAAUUUUGACUCUGAAUUCAAACAGCUGUGUGUCGUCUGCUAUCCCAUUUUUAAAAACACUUUAAAGGGCUUUUUUUAAAAAAAAACUCCAGUGGUUUUGCGAACCACAGAGCCAUGAAGAUUGUGAGAAAAGAGAAAGCCGAGCAAAUCCUGAUCACAUUGCAUUUGCAGUUGUUUAAAGUUCUUAGUUGCUGUUCUCAGUUGUGUUAAAAUGUAAGGACUGAGUGUGAUAGGGCGCUAGGCCCUCUUCCACAGAGCAGUUUCUCCAUCCAGCAUUUGGUUCUUUAGAUCAUGAUGUGAAAUACAUUUCAAAAUCUUGCUCAGGUGCAGGAAUUGUGUGCCUUAGAUAUUAAUAUGCUUGUGUACUAUGUGGAGAUGAUGCAUUCCAUUAAUGAUCUGCUACCUCAAAGAACAUUCAGAAUCCUUGCUUCUCUAAUAAUUGCCUCACUGGUAAAAUGCAAUGGUUGUCACACCAAUAAACUUCAAAAGGCUAUGUUUAAAUGAUAUGAGAAUGGGAAGGUCUUUUUGUACAUUAAAUACUCUGGAUGAUACCCAGUGGCAUGGAUAUCCUCUUCCUCCCCCUGAGUCCCCCCAAAUCUCUCAUGAAAUGUCCCCAACCCUCUGGAGUAGAGGAAGGGCAAGUUCCACUGUGAGCAGAAAAAAAGAAAAGAAAUUUGUAUCAUUGUAUAAAAUUUAAGCCACCAGAGGGUGCUAUAACCCUUUGUGUUUUUCAAAAGUUUCUUUACUUAGGGUUGCCAUGCAUCCGGAAUUUCCCAGACAUAUUUGGAAUGCCGCAUUCGUCAGCAGUGUCUGGGCAGAAAUCAUCCAACUGGGAAAAUCUGGACAUAUGGCAGCCCAUGUGGGCAAUGCCAAUUUGGCCAAUUUUUCCUUAAAAUAGCUGCAAAAUGUCAAUUUUUUGCAAUCUUGCCAGAAAAAGCACAACUUUUCUGUCCGGAUUUUCACUGUUUGAAAUAUGGCAACCCUACUUUACAUAGAUUUGUUUAUUACUGUUUGGUCUUCCACAAUAACUGCCGAGAACUAAGAAACUAAACUUACCUAUUGUUUACGACUUGACAACUAUUUUUGCUGGAAUAUAUGUGUGAAAGCAGCUGUCUGCUGUAUGAAAUAUUUGUGACUUGUGCUGCUUUGGAACAAAAUAGACAAAUGCAGAUGUACUGUUCUCCUAACCAUCUUUAGGUUCAUGUAGGCUCAGCACUACUCUUACCAUCUAUUUGAGUUGCACCCCCUUUCUGCCAUUGUCUCUGUAUUCAGUGUAAUAUCUGUGUUGAUAUAAGACAGUUGAUGGGUCUAGCCAUACUUUUAACAUUUCCCUAGAGCAGUGGUAGGCAGGGAGCAUUUUUAAAUGUGCCUGCAUCACUCAUAUGGGUUGGUGUGAGAAAAUAGAGAAAAUACGUAUUUUUCGCUCUAUAACACGCACCCAACCAUAACACGCACAUCGUUUUUAGAGGAGGAAAACAAGAAAAAAAAUAUUCUAAACGAAACAGUGGAUGUAUGAUUUUUGUGGUUCAUGCUGUGGCCACAGACAUGUGAUCUGAUGGUGAGUUUGAGGUAGCCCAAUGCAAAAAUCCAGAGGAUCCGUGUGGAUCCAUGCUUUGUAACCACAUUUUUGCUCCACUGCGGCCCCAGGCAACAGUGGGUGAGUGAUUUUUUUGGUGCAAGCUGUAGCCAUGGACAUGCUAUGUGAUCUGAUGGUGAAUUUGGGGUGACCCAGUGCAAAAAUCCUGAGGAUCCAUGUGGAUCCGUGCUUUGUAACCACGUUUUAAGUGGGGAGGGAGGAAAAAGCACUCGAGGGACAAGGAACACGCGUGGGGUGGGUGGAGAAGGAUGCUGUUAAUAAUGCAGAAGAGGGGUAUAAGGGGAGAAACAAGCAGGCUCUGCUUCUCUCCCUCCCCCCGCCCCCCGGCUCGCUGAAAAACUUUGCUGCUAUUUAGCCAGCUGAGUGGGGAGGAGAGAGGACAGAGAGCCUGCUUGCUUUAAAGGAGCCAACCGGACAGGAGCCGCUUACACUCGUGUAAGCAGCUCCUUUCCUCUCCUGCUUUGCUCCUUUAAAGCAAGCAGGCUCUCUGUCCCUCUCUCCUCCCCACUCAGCGGCUCUUCUCCCGCUUUGACAGCCACGGAGGAGGGAAGGAAGGGGAACCAUGGAUCCUCUGCUCACGACUGCAGCAGAUCCCCCCGCUAUCCAUAGGCAUUCGCUCCAUAACACGCACAGACAUUUCCCCUUACUUUCUAGGAGUAAAAAAGUGAGUGUUGUGGUGCAAAAAAUACGGUAGAUACUUCUGAAAAGCAAUAGUUGGAAAUGAUUGAGAGGGAAGUGUCCAAGGCUGUCCCAAGUAGAAAGAACUGUUUAAUUGAAGUAGUAGAUAUUUAACAGAAAAGAACUGAGUUUUCACUUCAGAAAACAAAAAAGGGGAGUUCUGUUUUGACAAAAUGAUAGUAGUUGGAUCUCCUUUGUUUUGUUGCACAUACCUCCUUCAUUUAGAUCGGACUUAUUGUUAGCAUACAUUACUAUUUGUAUGUGCUUGGCCUUAAUUGGCAUGGUUUUGGAAGCGGCCAAGGGAACAAUGCUUUUCAUUCAGGCACAUCUCUGUAAAGAAAUCUGUGUCCAGGGUUAAUGUGUCCUAUAAUCUCUAAUUUUACAUUCCCUGGCUUCCUUCCAUAUGUUAGCAACAUGAGAUCUAGGUCACAAUUUGUUUGUGUGUUUUUUUAAAAAAACUCAUUUGCAUUAUAUACCAAAAGCAUUCCUAGCUGAGGCAGUGAAUGAAUUACAGGGAGACGGGUGCUGGAUGUGCUAACCUCUGCUAGUUUAUAAAACAACUUGAAUUUCUUAAUUCUAUCUUUUUUGUAAAAUAAGUGGGGGGGUUUUAGGUGGCUAGAUUUGACUUUUAUACAUUUAAGCUGAUGCAGUCUUUGGCGUUGUGGUCAUUAGGUGAUAUUUCUUGUUAGACUGGUUGCUUGGCAAACUUCUGUGCCAAGGAAAUGCAGUAGCUUAAUGAUGGCAAAAAUAUUCAUUCUGCAGUUAUUUACUGGCUUGCAGUACUUGUUGAAGAACCAAAUCCAUCAGAGAUUUUUACUUCCUUCAAUAGUAGGCACUGAGCCAACUACCCCAAUAACAGUGAUUCUCCAUAUCUGGCUGUUAUUGAAAUGCUCAUUACAGAUCAUUAUAGGAAUGACACAAACACUUGAUAGCCAUUUAAAUUCUGUAGUUCUGUCCCAUUCUCUGUUGAAGUGUUCAAUGGCCAUUUCAUUCAGAAGAUGUAAGUGGCAUGAGGUGCUUUGCAGUACCUAAUUGUUGUUGUCUUCAAGUUUCCACUCCACCUUUAAUUUGGCUGCUUUACGCUUUCAUUUUGAGAUGAAGCUGGAGCCAGUUUAUUUUAACAGUGAAGGACAAUUGUACAACUCUUCUCAUUCCUCCAUCAAUCCUGGCUUUGAUUGAUGAGUGUUCUAUUUUUACAUGCCAUGGGCUGUUCUCUUCUUAUUGGUUAAGGUAAAGGUAAAGGUACCCCCACCCGUACGGGCCAGUCGUGUCCGACUCUAGGGUUGUGCGCUCAUCUCACUUAAGAGGCCGGGGGCCAGCGCUGUCCGGAGACACUUCCGGGUCACGUGGCCAGCGUGACGAAGCUGCUCUGGCGAGCCAGCACCAGCGCAGCACACGGAAAUGCCAUUUACCUUCCCGCUAGAAAGCGGUACCUAUUUAUCUACUUGCACUUAAUUCUGCUUUCGAACUGCUAGGUGGGCAGGAGCUGGGACCGAAAGAUGGGAGCUCACCCCGCCGCGGGGAUUCGAACUGCCGACCAUACGAUCGCCAAGUCCUAGGCACUGAGGUUUUACCCACAGCGCCACCCGCGUCCCAUUCUUAUUGGUUAUGUUGCCAUUAUAAAGCUUUUAGAGGCCUUGAGGGAAAGGUGGCGUAUAAAAAUGUUAAAUAAACACAGUUUGAUGCUGGGUAGCAGAUAGUAAUUGUGUUCAUUGUAGCAAGCUUAAACAGCCUAUUGGUCUAUGUCUGAAAAUAACUUGGUUUUCUCCUGGCAAAUGCAUUUUGUGACCUGUAAGGGUCAGAAUGAGAGAAUCAGUGGUAGCUUGGCUAGCCUUUUAUUUAUUUUAUAUUGCCUUCUGCACUGAGGCUGUGAUACAACAGUCUCUUAAGUUACCAUAAGAAAUAGAUAUACUCUAAUCGUCAAGAAUAUCAGUUUCUUUCUUUUUUAAAAUUGGAGGUUUGUUUUGCAGGCUCAACCAAUGGAGCAAGAAAUUCUUUCAGGCAUUAGGCUACACAAUUGUAGUUGUAGCCUUAAAUUCAUACUUGAUGUAUCUACACUGCACAUGUAGGUGUUGGGAGUGAUAGAUUAACUGGGAAGUUUAAGAAACUGUCAUUAAAGUCCUAACAAAAUUCAAUUUGCAGCUGCCUGCUAUAUUGAAACUGGACAAUGUUUGCAGUAAUAUUGUAUGUACAAGGGAAGUGUACAGUGGUGCCCCGCAAGACGAAUGCCUCGCAAGACGAAAAACCCGCUAGACGAAAGGGUUUUCCGUUUUUCGAUGCGCUGCGCAAUACGAAUUUCCCUAUGGGCUUGCUUCGCAAAACGAAAAAGUCUUGCGAGUCUUGAGAUUUUUUUCGCCCCCCCCCCUUUUCUAAGCCGCUAAGCCGCUAAUAGCCUUUUAGCCGCUAAGCCUUUAAUAGCUGCUAAACCGCUAAUAGCACUAAUCCGCUAAUAGGGUUGCUUCGCUAGAUGAAGAGACUCGCGGAACAGAUUAAUUUCGUCUUGCAAGGCACCACUGUAUAGACCCUUAUUUUUUAUAAUUGCAGAGUCACGAAAUGUUUUGAGCACUGUUCUUUCCCCAGUCAUUGCAAGAACUUGAAGCAGCACUUCAUUAAAAUCAUAUUUGGGUUUGUGAUAAUGGUCUUUGUGUGCUUAAGACCUUUCAUACGUGUCACGUUAAACCUGAGCUGCUGCUGUGAUGCUGUGGUCAUUACUUGGUGGAGUAGGUGCAAAUGGCUACCCUAUGUGCUUUGCAGUUGUCAUUUUGCUACAUGUCGACUGCGUGGAAUAAUAUGAAAUUUCUCCCUUCCUGGGCUGCAGUAGACCCACCACUCACUUGAUUUUGCUUUUCAGCCCAUCCAAUUGUUUGCCUGCUGCCACACCUCUUCAUUAUAGAUUAUUGAACAGUGAACCUAGCAACUUUGCCCCUUGGACAAGGUGACACAGCAUUAAGGCUGAUUUUUUCGCGAAGAGGAAAUGCAAUGUCACUGCCAACGAACAGUAAGCUUUAUAAAACAAAAGUACUUUAUACACUGCCUCUCUGUAACUAGGCAUUUAGAAACCUGAUCUUAAUACAUUUAACACUGUGCUUCUUUAAAGAUCUUUAUUGUUCAGUGUUAAAGUAGAUUAGGUUAAACCUAACGUGUCAUAUAGUGAGAACUAGUGAGCAGCCUUUAGAGGACCUCUAGUUGUCUCCUUUGCCAGCAUGCAAAACUGGUGACAUUGAACAGAAACAGAGAUUAUGUAUCUUAAGUUUUGUGGUUAGUUGAAUUAUGCAAACAUUACAGUGUCCACACUUGGGUUUAUUUUAUUUUCACCAUGGGUCACGUAGUGAGCAAAUAGGGGCUGAUAAAUUCAGGUUAAAAAGAUUAACAACCAGAUGCUAAGCAUGUGUAGAAUUUCAGAUAACUGAGCAGUUUGUAAGUGUACAGGUUAACCUAAAACUGAUGGGCUGAACAAGCAGUCUUCCUUGUUUAUAUUAAUUUAAAUUCUGAUAAAAAGCCCUUAAAUAUAGUGCAACACAUCUUUCAUAAAAGAAACUUGAUCAUGGAAGCAAAGGAAUAAGUAUACUCAUAGCACAUAUAUGCAAUUGCUUUUAUUUUUUUUUUAAUAUAAAAAUUUAUUCUAAAAACUGUUUAACACCUGGAUAUUUUUUUUUUAAAAAACCAAUGCUUCCACCACCUUCUCCAAUGCUAGUUUUUCUCCCCUGAAAACCAGCAGUGACACAAUACCCCUAUGAAAUGGACCUGCAUGUUUUUUUCCUACCGAGAUAUGGCUGAAGCUGCUAUAUGGCACAUUGUUCAAUAGGUUGGCGCUUCCAAGGCAUCAAGAACUCCAGGUCAGUGACAACACAUUCUGAGCACAUCAGCGGGGCUUGGGUUAGAGAUCUGCAGAGCACAUGGGCUGCUACCCAUUUGUCCUCAAUGUGCAAUAGAAGCCAUCUCCUGACAUUCAAGUCAAAGUUUAGAAUACUGUCCCACUGUAGAGGAUUCAGUCUUCCUUUUUGGGAAGCGGUGAGGAAGCCAAGCAAUUGUCAAGCAUUCCACUCUCUCUUCCACCUUCAAGCAUAGUGUCAAUCAACUGUACCAUUAUAGGUCCUGUUAAGCUUGUUGAAUGUGAAAUCUAAGCUAUGGGUGGAAAUAGGUUUUCGGUAAAGAGGGUUUGAAGCCUACAAAAAAGAAAAAAAGGAAGUGAUAUAAACUGUGUAUUUACAGGGAGAUUAAACUCUGGACAUGCAAACCAAAUGCAAGUUCUGCUAAAAUCAAUGGAAUCUCAUUUGUUUCCCCCUCCCCUUAAUGUUAUUUUGCUACUCUUUCCCCAUGCACUCCUAAAGUCUGUAAUAGUGUUGUGUAGGCCUAGGUGAUGUAUCAGUGCAUCACCCAGGACCAGUAUGACAGCCAGACUGCGAUAGAGGCGUCAACUAGCACUGUAUCACUGGUGAAACCACUGUCACUCCUGAGUCCCUCUGCCAUGGGGGUGGGGAGGGGGCUGGCAGAGGCCAGCUGCUUUGUCCCUUCAGGAGUGACUGACUAGAAGAGCCCUCCAGUGUGAAGGUGGAGGCAGCCCCCCCCCCAACUGAGCGAGCCCUGAUGCCUCGCUUGAUCGGGGGGGGGGGGGGCUGCCUCUCCCCACCUGACCAGCUCAAGGAAGCCACACUGUCUCUCCAAGCAGGCAGGUGGCAGCCAAGCGCAUGGAGCCUGAGUAGCACAUUCUCAAGCUCCCUGCAUCUGUCUGCCUCGUGUCUUCUUCAUGGAGUGACCAACCGCCCCAAGAGCAAAGCCGCAGCCUGCCCUCCUGGGCAAAGGCAAUUUGAGCUGCCAGUACAUUGCGGCUCUUCAGCUGCCCCCAACACAGCCGCUGCACGUGUUUGCAUCCCUGCACCUGAGCCACCUCUGCCUCCCUGCACACCAUUCUGGUCUCAAGCAGCCCUCAUGAAUCCUUCCCUGAACAGAGUAAAGCGAGACUUUCCCUUCCUGCUCUGUACUCCUCAGUGCACAUUUCUUCCCACCCCUAUGCACGGAGCCCUUUUCCAGCUCUUUCCUGGUUCCCCCCAUGAAGUGAAUGCUUACCAUUUCAUAUCUUGCCCGGGAACGCUCACUUUGGAAUCUGGCAAAUUCCCGCCUGUCAUGAAUAGUGACCAGCAGCUUCCAAAUUGCCAAGAGGACAAUCCCCAGGAGCACAAUGCUGCCUACCACAGCCAGUAAGAUCAUCAUGGCAUCAGGGGCAGUGCUACACUCUGGCAAGGAAAAGAAAUGAUUAUCAUUGAUAAGGACACUGUCUAAAUCCAGUGUAAACAUCAGAACUUGCCUUUUCAAAUACAGGUGUUUAUCAAGCCUGAAAGGUUCAGAACCAACAGCAGAAUUUAUGAUGCAGUAUUUCAGAGACAACAGUUAACUAUUAACAUAUGAUCAGCUCUGCUAAUUCAUUUGCAGCAUAUAUAUUGUUGCAGCAGCUGAGUUUUUAUAUAUCCCCAAUCCAGCAAGUGGCUACUUCUGUGCACAUAUAAGGUCACUGGAUGGGGAAUUUCACAUGUCUUUUUGCUUGCUGCAUGGGACAGCUCCAUAUGUAUAGCAUUUUUAAGAACGGGUGGGGAACCUCAGCCUAGGCUCUUCCCAAGUUUCACCCUUUCCUCAGCCACACUCUUCCCAGGCCACAUUCUAUUUCACACGCUCCUUGAGCAUGUUUGCCUGGCUCAGAAUGCGUCCUUGAACUCUGAUAAUGCCUCUUGCUUGUCUAGGUGGAAGCUAGAGAGGGGAAUGCAGGUGCGUAUACAAACUGGCCUACUUUACAUAGAUAAAAUUUACAUCCAUUGCUCUGCCCUGUCCACCACUGGCAUGCAGCCCCAAAGUCACCUAGAAAGGAAUGCCAUCUGAAAAUGAUGCCCCACCCACCUCAAGCUCACAGCUCAGCUAAUUUGACAGGAGGCCAAGGCCAGGGCAGCAACUGCAUUCAAUUCCCUAAAGCUAAGGUAGGGCACAAUACUGCCUAACUUUUCAACUACAAAAGUAUUAAUUUUUUAAAUUUUAAAUCCAAUAUUGGACUCUUUCCCCGAAGACUGGAGCUAUUUAGAUCAGGAGCUUUAGAUUAUCAUGCUAUACCAUUGCUUAUCUAGAUUCUUUUUUACUUUGGUCAUAGUUAGACUUAAAAAUAAGGGUGGGGAUUUGGGUCUAGCCAAUAAGCUCCAAUUGGCUCAGAUGUUUCUUCUGGCAAGAAUGCUUGCAACACUGAGGUAAGUUGACUUCAUCAUCCCAUCACACAAGAUUCUUCUGAUGUGCUCCAGAUGUGCCUGGCACUGAUUACUGACCAUCAACCUUCAUCCCCUCUCACUAGUAUUCUGUGGACCACUCCCUAUGUGAAUCUGUUCUUCUGGCUUAACCUACAAGCAGUAUUUUCCCCCAUAGUGAAAAUUAAUUAGUGGGCAGAGCAAUCCAAACCCCUCUUGUGCUCAGCUGUCUCCUCCCAGCUAAGCUGGACUCGGCUGCCUUCAACAGUGCAAUGCAGAACUGCCCCUUUGAAAUAUACAGACACUAUGGGCAGCCAGUGAAAGGUCUCAAAACACGGUAUAUGGGGGGCAGGGAGGCUGAGCUAGCCUAGGAUCCAUCAGCAUCAGGCUCCAUCACUGCACCAUCUCCAGGCUGGUGCAGCAAUUUAAACCCUCACUUUCAGCCCUGGCUGUUGUGCAUGGCAGGGCUGUGGAAGUGGCCCCACCACACUAAAGCCCCCAAAGGGGGAAGGCUUGGUUCGCCUUAAAUACCUAAAACUGCUCGUGUGUUUUCUGCACAUCUGAAAAGGGAAAGAGUAUUUAGGGACAACAUCCAAGGUCUUGUACCCUUAGUGGUGUUAAAAGAAGCAAAAUAUUCUAAGGGAUUCUACAGUCAAGUCCACAACCAAACUUUUGCCUUGGUGGUAUGGACAAACAGCACAAAGCAUGCACGAUAUAACAAACCUGGUUCCUUGAGAACAGUGAUGUUUGUCUUUCCACUGGUGAGUUCCGUGUAGGUGAACUUCAUCACACAGUCCUUCACUGGGUAAGCACACAAGACUGAAUGAGGGUCAUCAGUUUCUGGAAUAAAAUGUAACACAAUCCUAUUUAUAACACAAAGAUUUAAAACCCUAGCAUAUUGCGGCAUAUGUUGAAAAACAUUUCAACCUAUAACAUAUCCCCAGCAUUAGAUGCUCCCUUUGUUUUGCUGGGCAUUUGUUCAGCGCAUCAAAACACAUGUUUGAAUUACCAUUAGUUUGACCCCAGAAAUGGAAGAAUAUGUUGAGAUUCUAAGUCUCUUGGGUCUCUGGAUUCCUUUCAAUAUGACGGCCUUCCUGUUGGUACAUAUGGAGCAAAUUAGGAAACCAUUCAAAUGUCUAAAAUUGUUGAAACCAUUAACAUAGUGAGUAGGUGAAAGAUUGACUCGGCUGCAUGCCUAAACAUUUUGAAAGCUAUGGAUAAACACAACUCCAAGAUUGCAAAGGAGAUGUUGGUAUGGCCCUGCCCUCCUUAAAGAGGAAUUUCUAUGUGUCUCUGAAAGAAGGCCAAACAAAACUGAAACUUGGAAGGCUUUCUUUGGAAGAGGAAGUUUCAUUUCCUUAUGCCAAUCUCCAUGGAGGAAGUAAUUGUCUGGAAAUAAGCUUAAUUUUGCAAUCCAGUUGGGGCACAGGGAGUAGCGGGGAGAUGGAGAUUAAAAUAUUCAACACUGAUAAGGUCAAUGUUGUGCAUUACAGAAAAACAUGCUGUGAUAGAUACGCUGCAUAGGGUCAAGUGAAGGCAUUAAACUGAAUAGUUAUGUGGCCGGAGAUCUGGGGGCAGGUCAGAAAAUUGCAUCCUCAGGCAGGUCUCAUUGGCAAAUCUCUCACUUUUGCCCAUAUGGGUUUGCAGUUUUUAAACACUACUUUGUCCCCUUGGGGAAUAAGCAAUCAAGUUUCUAAUGGGAGUGCUUAGAAAAAGCAAAGCCACACUAUGUAUGUAUGUAUGUAUGUAUGUAUGUAUGUAUAAACUUUGUGACUACCAGCAAUAUAAUGACGCCAUACAAAAAGUAUUUGAAACAUAGUUGAGCAAUGCCAUAGCUUAACAAAAUUAUAGCAGGAAGUAAAAAAUAAUAUUCAGUAGCCUAGGCCAAAAGCCUGACAAUAAAGUUUUGUUUCCACCACACAGCAAAACACCAAGGCCCCUCAGACUUACGAGUGUCAAAGCCUGGGUGUGAAAACAAGGAAAUCCCAUUCACCCAGCAACUGCAUGUUUCCAUUGGUGGAUCUGAAUGGGUGAGGCAGGAUUGUAUGGGAGGAUUGGCCCUUCAAGUAUCCUUGAGCAGGUUACUUUUCAUCUGCCUGUGCUCCUGCUCCCAUGUUAAGAAUCUGAUGUCUUCCCUUUUCAUCUCUCUUACUGUGUGAGCGUUUGGCUGCUUGGCAGAUGGCUUGUGGACCGUGUCAGAAGCACAGACCUCUGCAGUCGCCACAAAGAGCUUCUGUUUCAAAGAUGCCUCAACCUUCAUUACUCCUGAUAGCAGAUGGCCCACAAAUCCCUACCUGUACAUGUACAACUUCAGACCAAACUAAGAGCAACUGGUAUACAGACAUUCAGUCAGGAGAGGAAUCAAAUGUAACCCUGCUAAACAUCUUGAUUCAGUAGUGCAUCACUGGAGAAGUUCUGAUGGACCUUCUAAAACAGAUGUCAUGGAGGAUGAGACACCUAGCCAUAAUGGAGGCUAUGCACUGUCUCCAUGAACUGUGGAGGCAAUGCUGUGCCAUGGUCAGAGGCAGAAUAAUUCUGAAUUUCAGUUGUUGGAAAUUGCAGGAGGGUACUCUUGUGCUCAGAUCCUGCUUGCAGGUUUCCCACAGGCAUCUAUCUGGUUGGCCGCUGUGAGAACAGGAUGCUGGACUAGAAGGGCCAUUGGCCUAAUCCAGCCGGCUCUUAUAUUGUUAUAAACCAGUUGUUGCUGAAUUGCAUCUCCCAUCAUCCCUAACCAUUGGCCAUGCUGGCUGGAGCUGAUGGCAGCUGAAGACCCAACCACCUCUGGAGGACCAUGGGUUCUCUAUCUGCUCUAGAGCCUUACCAAGAAGUUAAACUAGUAAACGUUAACGAACAAACUCAAACUAGCAUGGGGACAAGCCAAGAAGGAUGCCUUCACCGUGGUAUGGCUCCCCUUUACAUACACAGCACAACAGGACAAUGAUCUAUCCCCACAAACAGCAUACGAAUCAAUUUGGCUAACCUGACCCAACAACCUACCCCCCCCCCCAACAAGCCACACCGCAAUCAACUGAAUGCAGCCAACCAAGCUUGGGACCGGACCCCUAACCUUUCGCAUUAUCAAUAAAAAUAAAUACAUAAACAAAGGACCUACCCAUGUGAUGCUGACACAAACCCCCAACACUAAUAAUAGGCAAUAGAACAAAAGAACAAAAUGUCCACACACUCUUUCCCCCCAAAUGCAGUAUGUCAAUGACAAAAGUGUCUCUCACUAAAUGUAAAGGAACUGUGAAAAAGACUGAAUUGAAAGUGGAGGCAACAGAUGUACCUUAACCGUUCAUUUUGUAACACAAAAAUCUUU